AAUCUUCUUCCUUUGCUCCCAUGGAGACUUGUUCUUCCUCCGAUGACUCGUUGGAUCCUGCAGAUUCACUCACUGAUCACCAUGGUUUCAACCCUUUAUGCUUCAAUCGUCUCACUUUCAUAUCCUCUGACCACUUCCAUGUCCACUUCCACUCGCCUAAACCCUUACUCGCGCCUCUAGUGUUUUUUUAUAUCUAGGGUUCUUCUCACUGUUUUGUACAUGUCUGUGGUUUGAUCAUAAAUAUACUAACGUUGCCUAGUUCGAUUCAUUUGAUAUCACCUUUUGUUUCAAUUUUUGUUACUGUUCGUUUUAUCUUGAAUCUGUUUUAUUGGAUUUUUUUUAAUCCGGUGGUCAACAGACAAGACUGAUUUUGGGUAUUUUUUAAUUCCUGUUUUGGAGAAAACCAGUUUGAUCAUGGCAGUUAAUCCACACUCGGAACCUGCAAAGAUGGAACAGAUAAUCACUGAAUUCUUUGCCAAGAGUUUGCAUAUAAUACUUGAAUCCAGGUGUCCCUACGUGUCUUCACGUAAUUAUAGUGGGGAUCAAAUAAUGCAUUCCCCUUCUUCCUCUGCCUCGUCUUCUUCCAGUAUGAGACCCAGGGAUAAGUGGUUUAAUCUGACGCUUCGAGACUGCCCUGCAGCGCUUGAAAAUAUAGAUUUCUGGCGUCAGAGUAACCUUGAGCCAAUGGUGGUGGAUGUGGUUUUGGUUCAGAGAUCUCAUAAUUGGGACUAUGGGAGUACUUCUCCAAGAUUGGCACUCGAACGAAACUUGUCGUCAAAAGAGCGGUUUCCAUUUGUAUGGAAAUCAGAUUCUGAUGAAUUUGGGUGUGAUGGUAACAGUGAAAAGAUUAUCGAAAGAUGGGUUGUGCAGUAUGAGAGCAAGAAGGGUUGUAAGGAAGUUUGUUCUGGGAGCAAGAGGUCUAGCUCCAACAGUUCACAUGCAUUAUAUAAGAAAUCAAUUUUGCUUUUAAGAUCCUUAUAUGUAACUGUUAGACUUUUACCUGCUUAUAAGAUUUUCCGUGAGAUAAACUCUUCUGGGCAGAUUCGGACAUUUAGUCUUAUUCAUAGGGUAUCUUCUUCUGUUGAGCCACUCCUUCGUAGAGAUGAGGCUGAAAUGCAGCAGUUUAUGUUUGCUCCUGUGGAUACAUCUUGUGGUAAACUUUGCAUUUCAUUAUCAUAUCUUCCUUCAAUUUCUGAUGCCACUUCUGAGUCAUCUACCCCAAUGUCCCCACAAUUUAUACCAGAUUAUGUGGGUAGUCCAUUGGCAGAUCCAUUAAAGAGGUUACCUUCAGUUCCAAUGCCACAGUAUUCUCCAUCAUCUUCUCCAUUUGGAAGGCGCCAUAGUUGGAGUUAUGAUACAAGUAUAGCAUCACCACCUUCAGCAUUGCCAUCUCCGUCACCCACUUACUCGGAGUCUCGUACUUCUUACUCUAAAUUCGGUAGCCAUCGUCCACCUACUAGUUCACGUUACCCUUUAGAAACAGCUCAAGUUCAUACCAAGGAUACGGGUUAUGAUGAGUACUUGCCUUCUCCUAAUUUUUCACCAUCUCCAUCCCCAUCGCCACCCAUGUAUCUUCCGGGAAGUAAUAUGUUGAAGGUUCUCUUACGGUCUGAUAGUGCUCCGGUUUAUAUACCGACUUCUAGGCUUGGGGAUGCACCUGUUUCGUCCAGCAAGACUGGUUUGCCGUUUUCUCCUCCUCUUAGAGCUACCAGACCAAGUCUUUCUUUAGUGGAGAGAAGCUCAAGUAUACUCCAGAGUGCCACAACAGCUGGCAAGUUGUUAUCCCUCCGGGAGGAAGAUAUUGCAAGGCCAUCUGGUGUGAAGAUUUCAGGCAACAGCUCCCCGCAUAAAUCUUCUUCUAGGCUAUCGUUUGAAGAUAGUUUUGAUGACUCUGAGUUUUCAGGUCCCUUUGUGGUGGAUGAUGAUGACAUGAUGGAUCCUGGUAGCAGACCUGGUUCAUCUGAUCGAUCAGGAAAUCUUGGCACGCCACAUGAACGCAUAGGGCCAUCUACGCCAAGGAAAUCACAGGAUGCUGCAGUUGGUGCUCUUGUUCAGAUGCUGAAGAAAGCACCACCUCUUCGACAGGACUUGAGUCGAUCACAGAACGUGUGUAAGCCCUCGAGGCCUGAAAGUUCGUGCAAUCAGAUUCAAGAUCCUGCGGUUGUUGAAGUUGGUUCGUCCAGCAUGGCCUCUUCUAGGGUGAAAACGACGUCUGAUGCAUUGGAGGAGCUGAAAGCGUACAUGGACGUGAAACAACUUUUGUUAAGGCAAUCCGGCAAGUCGUAGAACGAUAUGUUCGAAAAACGGUGUUUGGUUUUUUACGUCGUUGGUCAUGAUUAUAUUCGUUCUCUGUGGUCUUUGUGUACAUAUUUAAAAUGUUGGUAUAUAUGGUGGUUUAAAUACAAGCAGUGAAUUUGUUUUUUCUUUACAA